CCGUUAGCGCUGAACGGACAAUCACCGUCAUCACCACCACAACAACAACCACCACCGGCGAACUGUGUAACAGUCAAGAUGGCGUCCGAGGGUCAGUUCGACUACGAGUCGAUUCUGUGUGUCAAACCCGAAGUGAACGUUUACCGUAUCCCUCCGAGAGCAUCUAACCGGGCUGUCAGGGCUGCUGAUUGGAAGCUGGAUGCUCCUGAUUGGACGGGACGCAUGCGUGUGACAGCUCGAGGCAAAGUCGCCUAUGUGAAAUUGGAGGACAAAGUGUCCGGGGAGCUGUUUGCCCAAGCGCCGGUGGAGGAGUACCCUGGCAUUACAGUAGAAACAGUCAGUGACUCAAGCCGUUACUUUGUGCUGCGGAUCCAGGAUGACAAUGGCCGCAGUGCGUUCAUAGGCAUCGGGUUUGGAGACCGUGGUGAUGCAUUUGACUUCAAUGUGGCUCUUCAGGACCACUUCAAGUGGGUAAAACAAGAAAACGAGUUUACCAAACAGGCUCAGGCUCCAGACUCUGCUCCUAAACUUGAUCUGGGCUUCAAAGAGGGCCAAACCAUCACUCUAAACAUCGGGCAAUCGAAGAAAAAAGACCGGUCUCGUCCACAGAGUUCAGGAGGCCUCGGUUUCCUUCCUCCUCCGCCUGGGGGCAAGCUGGCCCCACCACCUUCAUCCAGAGCUACCAAUCUGAACACGCAGACAACGGCAGGGGGAACCGACACUGGUUGCUUGCUAGAUCUUGACUCUAGUAACUCCAACUCAGUGGCUCCAUCCAACCCGACAUCUACAGCCAACAAUGACCUGUGGGGAGACUUUGACUCUGUGACCCUGAAGUGAGACAACACUUGUUCUGCUCUUUGCCCUGUUUUAAAAUUAUGCAGCACUUUUUACAAAUUCAUUUUCCCCAGUCUGGGGUCCCAUAUCUCUCCCUGCUGAGCAGGGUCACCCCCCUGUGGUUUGGUUUGGUUUGGUCCUGAAAUCCUCGCUGCAGUCUUAAGCAGGCCGUUUCAGCAGAUUCCUCUGCUCGAUAUAUUCUCGCUUUCCCUCCUUGUACUUCCAAAAGCUUUUCUGCUGUUUCAUAGAGUAAACAUAAUAGGAAUAUCAAGGAAGGCAUAUCAACAUCUAAUUAACUGAAGUAACCUUCUGUACAGAGACAUUUUGCUUUAAAUGUUAUGGUGUCUAUAGUCGUUUUAGGUGGUUUUGCCUUUAAUGUACUGAGCUUCACUUUUUUCCAGCUCUCCAGCUGUGAGACUGAAUAUAUGCACUGGCUGACAGUUGACUCUGUCUGUGUAGUUAUGAAUUUAUAAAGUGUGGAUCCAGCGCCGCGGUCUUCUAAUGUCGGAUUGAGAUUAUUGUGAUAUUCACCGCAGAAUGGGUUCACUUGAGAGAAGUUUGUCGGUCCGCCACUGAUUUACGAAGCGGUUGGGCUCUUCUGCGCUUUCUGCUCCACUCUUGCGGCCGCGCAGCUGUUUAACACUAACUCAAGUAGGAAUGUGUUGUUUUAACCAUGAAUCAGGACAUAUGGAAGUGCUGGAUGGAAGCGGCGACAGAUACUUUUAUCUUCGCCUCGAGGGGAAAGAGAGAUUAUUUUUUUUAACAUUAUGUCAUCUCCAUUCAGCACAGCUGUUUAAGCUGUGACUUUUGAGUCAUUUGGGUCAUGACCUCUCUGGAGCUCAUUGAGCAGGUCUGAUUCUGCCUGGUUCAGUAAGUCUGAACAAGGAUUUAUCUACAGUGUGUUAAUUCUGUAUUGAAAUAUAAAAGUAUUUUAUGCUGCAGACAAACAGAACAAGGAACAGAGCUAAUCUGUGUCUGUAGGAAAUUAUGUAUCAAGAGCUGGACUAUGUUUCACUGAUAUCACACGUGUUGUGUCUGAUGUGCACUGACAAGUGGCGUGGUGAUGGGUGUUGACUGGAGCACACCAUAAAUGUCUUUGUUUAUUGUCUUAAAUUAUAUGUAUUUAUCCUAAAUGUUAUUUGAUGUUUAAACCGUAAAGUGUAUACAAAUGAACAUGCAAAGGAGAAAAAUGAAAACAGUUAUAACAAUGCCAUUCUUUUCUUAAGUGAACAAAAUAAAAUAAAUUGCUCAAAAAUC